UUGAAAAAAACAGAGUUAUUUUACUGUACAAUUUCUACGAGAAGACCAACAAAAUGGGAACUCUAUCUCUCUUCCCUCUCUCCCUAUCUUCAACACUGCGACCCAAUCCCUCCUCUUCCACUUUCAGAACUCAACUCUCCAACCCCAUAAUCUACCCGCUCCUCUCCUCAACAACUCACAGAAAAUCACAAAGGUUUCACUUUCCCUCCAAAACCAUAGCUUUUGGGAGCAACACAAAUGACCCAAAAGAGUCUCUUUUCUUGGAUGAAAACGGUGGUGUUGAUGACAUGGAUGGGUAUCUCAACUACCUGUCUCUCGAAUAUGACUCUGUCUGGGACACCAAACCAUCCUGGUGUCAACCAUGGACCAUAAUUCUAACUGGAGCAUUGGUGAUUGCUAGUAGCUGGUUAAUUUGGCAUUCAGUAGUAGUCACAGUAGUCAUAUUCUUACUAAUAUGCACAUGGUGGUACAUCUUUUUGUAUUCAUAUCCACAGGCAUAUUCAGAGAUGAUUGCCGAGCGAAGGAAGAGGGUGGCAAGUGGUGUUGAAGACACAUUUGGCUUGGGAAAUGGCAGUGAUUUAAGCUAAACAUCAAUUGUGCUGCUAGAUCUCACUGUCUCUGACUUCAAAUCAACCAAUAAUUGAGUUGGGAAACUUUGGGUUAGGCUGCAAAGAUAGGCUAUGACAUGUCUCCCUGCUUUCUUUUAGUAUACAGUUUAUGGAGGCCACUAGUGUUCCAAUGAUGGGCAUGGACAUGCUAAAUAAGAUUCUGUUAUUCUAAAUUGUUAGUUAUACUUAUUUGUGUCCCAUAGUCUUAGGAUUUUAUUUUUAUUAUUUCGCUUAUUGAGAUUAGCUUUAUCCAUAGGAACUGUUAUUAUUGAAUUGAAGGCCAUCUUGUAUCCAAUUUAUCAAAUUUCGAAGUUAUAAUAUUGAAUUUGAGCAUUGCUCACUCUUAA